GCGCGGCCCCCCCUCCCCCCUCCCCGGGAAUGAGGGAUUUUUUAGCUGACCAUGGCACAAACUCAAGCUCCCAGAGCUGGGGCCUCUAACUUUGCCUUUUCAAGUGAUUUCUAUCUCCUUUGAUAAGUGCAGAAUUGAAAAUGGUCCGCUACGCUGUCCAGACCGACAACGCCACCACCGCCAAGUCUCGCGGCGCCUACCUGCGUGUUCACUUCAAGAACACCUCGGAGACCGCCAAUGCCAUCAAGGGCAUGUCCCUCCAGAAGGCUCUGAACUACUACGCCGACGUUAAGGCCAAGAAGCGCUGCAUUCCCUUCCGCCGCUUCGAUGGCAGCACUGGUCGCACUGGUCAGGCUCUCGAGUUCGGCGUCACCCACGGUCGCUGGCCCGUCAAGUCUGUCGAGUUCGUCACCACCCUCCUGAAGAACGCCGAGGCCAACGCCGUCGCCAAGGGUCUCGAGGCUGACAAGCUCUUCGUCAAGCACAUCCAGGUCAACCAGGCCCCCAAGACCAGCCGCCGCUCUUUCCGCGCCCACGGUCGCAUUGCCCCCUUCAAGUGCUCUCCCUCUCACGUUGAGGUCGUCCUUGGCGUCAACACCGAGGCCGUCCCCAAGGGUGUCGAGACCGAGGAUGCCCCCGUCGAGCGCGCCACCACCGCCACCGCCAUGACCCUCUCUCGCCGCAAGGCCGCCAAGCUCCGCACUGCUCACUAAAUGACGCGUGUGUGCGUGUGUGGCCGCUGCUGAGACUCGUAGGGCUGGGGGGGUCCCCCCGGGGGCGGCUCCUCUCGCGUGUGCCUGUUCUCGCGAUGAUGGUGCCUGCCCCUCUCUCUAGCUUGUCGAGUCCGGUUUGGAUCUCAUACUUCUGUAAAUGCAUUGUUACACAUGUUUGCCGUCCGCACA